ACUCGACAAAUUUAAUCAAAUUCUUCCCAAUGUCCCUUGACACAUAGCCACAUAGGGUAUUAUUUUAAACGAAAAUAAUCUUGAUGUAUGGGUAUUAUGUAUAAUAGCAAUAAUGUGCAUGCUAAUGGUACUCAAAAUUUAAGUCUCUCGUUGUCGUCAGCCAAACGCGGCAAAACUGCAACUACAAUAUAACCUUAUUAUUUGUGCCGCUCUCACCCCCUCAGCACUCGUGUCCCCCCGUCCCCACCACUUUCCGGUUAGGUACAUCGUACAUGGGUCACGGGUACCCCGUGAACAGUUGUGGCGAGGGUGUUAGGAAUCAGGCGGGGUACCGCCCCUACCCCUACGAUGGCUUAGAGAACGGGUGGAGCGGGGGCAGUACCGACGUACCGUACGUUACGGCGGAUUCGGCGCUCUGGCGUUUUGAUUUUAGGGUGGAACCUCCGUACGGCCGCCAGUGGUACAAGAAGUGCUUGUUGUGUCUCCAAAAAGCUCAAUACACAUCGCGUUGUGGUUUAUUAUGUCGACGGUAGAAAUACUAAUUCGUUCGUUAUGCGUUCGGUGUGAUGACAAUAAUAAUAAUUGUUGAAAGCAAACAGUUUCGCGCUUCUCGUAGGGCGUCGGUGGAGUAGGUUUUUUCUACUAUUAUUAUUAUUAUUAUUAUUGAUUUUUCAAUUUGUCGUCGGGUUGAUGAAUAUUUUCGCGUAUCGCGUACAACGUGUCCGUUCGUAUUUUUGUGACGGGUUGUGCGUUUACGUAUUCGUUGAUAACUUAUCUAGAUUAUCUAAUUAAUGUUAAUUCUUUACACGCGUUUUACAUUUUUGUUUAAAUUAAAACAUACUAAUACUUAGCGAAAUCUAGUGACUUUAUCUACUAUAUUUAUUUAUUAUAUAUAUCAUCAUCAAUAAUAAUAAACUUGCCACCCAUGUUCAUCCAAUUUUUGAUUAUAGUCAAUGAAAUUGACAUUCAUGGAUGAUCGGAUCAAUUAUUAUUAAUAGUCUAUUCUAGUUUAUUUAUCUUGAGUCAUUAGUCAAUUAUAUGCAAAUAUUUCUUUUUUUAACAUAUAUUCACGAAUUAAUAAUACAUUUUUAAGGUGUAGUAAUUACGGUUUUAUUUUCACUUACCUGUUAUAACCAUAUUUUAAAAUCUAGAAAAAUUUUGCCGACUCAUUAGAUUUACGUUUUACCUCAUUUUUAAUUCGACAAAACCUAAUUAUACUUAAUUUUGAACACAUCUUUUUUGAGUUUUACAAGUGUUAUAAUAACUUUUUGAACCUAAAAAAAAGUAAAAAAGAAUUAGUCUAUUAUGGCUUGGGGCUACUGGAGUGCAUCUACUGUUUCUGACCGAGGCAAGUCACCAAAACGACAAUCGUCAUCUUUGGGUUUUUAUAACCAUCAUGUACCUAUUUCCACCCCAGCUCCUCCAUCUACAUCGUACUACCAACAUCAGUCCUUGCACAGCACUAGUAGUUUUGGUUCUAUAGAAGAUGAUGAUUAUCAUCAUACAUCCACAUUCUACCGUCGUCCUUCACUUGGAGAUAUAGAAUUCACAGGGCCGGGUUCAUUAUCUUUAUUGUUAAAUCAAGCUAUUCCUCCUUCUCGACCUAGAACACCACCACCACGUCAUUUAUAUGCUCCACCUACUUCGCUAAGUUUGCCAGAUUCGUGUGGAUCGACAAUGGCUAUGCGACAAAACAUAAAUUGUUUUGGUUACCAAUCUACUCCUAUUGUACAACAUUAUCCUUGCAGUGUUCAUGACCCAUCACCAUCUCCUUCUAUAUCUGAUGAUGAAGACCAUGUUUACGCCACAGGUAACAAAUACAAUGUUUUUCCUAAUGUACCACAAGCACCAGGAAUGCCUUGCCAAGGAGAAGAUCGUAGUAUAUACAGACGUGGGGCCAGAAGGUGGAGAAAAUUAUAUCGUGUGAAUGGACAUAUUUUUCAACCUAAAAGAUUUAACAGGCGAGCAUUUUGUGCAUACUGUCAUGAUCGAAUUUGGGGAUUAGGACGACAAGGAUUCAAAUGUAUUCAAUGCAAAUUGCUUAUCCACAAAAAAUGUCAUAAGCUAGGUAAAAAAACUUGUACCAAUGAUCCUAUAGGUAAUGAAGACACCAAUGGUGACUCACAGACGUCUCUAAGUACACCUAGCUCUGAUACGGCUUUACCGGAUUUAAAAGAAUAUUCUGAUCAAAAUUCUGUUAUUGAUCAAUCAGCUGAUUCUGUACCCAUUGAAGAUCCACAAGCUAAAAGUGAUGAAGAUGUUGGAGUUUCACGUCAAUAUUCUAUUGCCGACUUUGAGCUAAUUAGGGUUAUUGGUCGUGGAAGUUAUGCGAAAGUGUUAAUGGUUGAACUCAAAAAAACAAAAUGCAUCUAUGCUAUGAAAGUUAUAAAAAAAGCACUUGUUACAGAUGAUGAAGAUAUUGAUUGGGUACAAACAGAAAAACAUGUUUUUGAGACUGCUUCUAACCAUCCAUUUUUGGUCGGUCUCCAUUCUUGCUUCCAAACUGCCAGCCGAUUAUUUUUUGUGAUUGAAUUUGUUCGUGGAGGUGACUUAAUGUUUCAUAUGCAAAGGCAAAGACGACUGCCUGAAGAACAUGCUAGAUUUUAUGCAGCAGAAAUUAGUUUAGCUUUGAAUUUUUUGCAUACUAAAGGUAUAAUAUAUCGAGAUUUAAAAUUGGAUAAUGUACUACUUGAUCACGAAGGCCAUAUAAAAUUGACGGAUUAUGGAAUGUGUAAAGAAGGAAUAAGGCCUGGAGAUACAACUUGUACAUUCUGCGGUACUCCAAAUUACAUUGCCCCAGAAAUUUUAAGAGGAGAAGAUUAUGGAUUUAGUGUGGAUUGGUGGGCUUUAGGAGUUCUUUUGUAUGAAAUGUUGGCUGGCAGAAGUCCAUUUGAUAUUGCUGGAGCAUCAGAAAAUCCCGAUCAAAAUACUGAAGACUAUCUAUUCCAAGUUAUUUUGGAAAAAACUAUUCGUAUUCCAAGAUCACUUUCCGUUAAAGCAGCAUCAGUUUUGAAAGGAUUUUUGAAUAAAAAUCCUGUAGAUCGUUUGGGUUGCAAUCGAGACACUGGCUUCUAUGAUAUUAUAACUCACCCAUUCUUUAAAUCUAUUGAUUGGGAAAUGUUAGAACAAAAGCAAGUUAGUCCUCCAUAUAAACCACGACUAGAUUCUGAUCGUGAUCUUGCCAAUUUCCCACCAGAAUUUACGGAUGAACCUGUUCACUUAACACCUGAUGACCUGCGUGUCAUCGAAAAAAUCGAUCAGUCCGAAUUCGAGGGUUUUGAAUACGUGAACCCGUUGCUGAUGUCACAAGAGGACAACGUGUGACACGAGGAGGACUGCGGCGAUUACGCCGCACCCCACAAUAUGCAGCAUUACCAUCACGAAGCCGACUGUCCCUGUUCGACGACCAUCGACUCGCCCCCAGACAACGGCAGGCCACCGUCUAGGGGAUGGUUCUGCUUACCGCUCCGAUAAGUACCCCCCCCCCCACUCACUCAUAAAAAAAAAAAAAAAUGUGAUUAUUAUAAUAAUAAAAAUCCGCCGUCGACGACGGCCAUAUUUAUUUUAUAUAUUAUUAUUAUAAAUAUUUAAUUCUUUGAUUAUAUAGUUACUCGCGUGUCCGUCGUCGGCGUCGACGGUUUUCAAUGGCUCAACUUAUUCUGACGAUUUAUCAUUUUCGGUUUGAACUUACUUAAAUUUGUUUUCAAAACCAAAUUCUAAAACGUUUUAGUUCCUCUUCGACACAUAUUACUCGCUUAAUUUUCCAUUGUAUACAAAAAAAAAUAUACAUAUGUUAUAUUUACGUAUAUAAUAUAUAUUAUAUAUAAGAUGUAGUAUAUGUUGCCGUAUCUCGUGUGUGUAUCGGAUACAACUUUUUACCGUAAACCUCGUUCGUCUAUAACACGUAUGUUUAAUAAAUUCAAAACAAACAUCGUUAUCACUUGUCUAUUGAUAUGACAAAACAAUAUGAGCUCUCCCACCCACCCACUUACACGCCGACGACGGCCAGACAAAAAAAUUAACUCGCCGAUUUAACGAACCGUGUAGCACAUACUAACAUUAUUAUUAUUAUUACUUCCACUACUAUUAUUAUUAUUACUAUUUAUUAGUGUUUUAACAUGUUUCUAUUCGUCGGAAAAAAGUGUUGUACCCCGCUGUAUACGCCAGCCGCCGCCAGCCAGCAUUGUCCACAGAAGAGUUUUGUUAAUGUGCACAAGUUUUGUGUAAAAAUUUCUGGCUCCCACCUCCUACCCGACCCAUCCAUAACACACGCAUACAAAUAUUGACUGAUCUACACCAUCGCGGUGGAUCGUGAUUUAUAUGUAUAAAUAUAUAAUAUACAAAGAUAAAGAGCGAGGAAUGGAAAAAAAUUUUCACCUCCUCCCCUUAGUUUUUGAUUUUUUAUAAAUUAUAAUAUCCAUUCAUUAUCGUCGUCGGUUGCUAAAUAUUGUGAAAAUCCAUCUCCCUGAACCGCGAAAUUCAUAAAUCAAAAUUGACGAUAAACGACCAGGGUUCCGGUUUUUUUUGUUACGCACGACGACGCGUUUAGAUGGGUACAAUGCAUAAUAUUAUGCAAAUUGGUAUCCUACAAUGCUCAAUGAUUAAUAGUAAUAAUAAUAAUAAUAAAAUAUUUAGAUGAUCUAAUUACAUUCCUUAUUUAAAUUUACAAUUUAUAUAAAUGAUAAAUAUUUUAUACAUAGGUUCGCACUCACAUAUUAUAUUAUUAUUGUAUUAAUACAAUGCAUUUGGUAUCUUUAAUCAUUAACGCACGUGAAUUUUUAUUAAUGUUAACCUAAAAUUUAGUACGUUAUUUUUAAGUUCUUAUACAAGAAAAUAUUAUUACUUUUGUACUAUUAUUUAUUUAUUUUACUCAAUCUUUAGUAUUAUUUACAUAAGUAUUUUUCUUGACUUUCCGGCCAAUCGUAGUGAAUUUUUAUCAUACAUACAUUAUUACUAUUAUAUUAUAUUAUAUUAUAUUAUUACGUCCGAAUGGACGUAUAAACAAUACCGUUUCUAUAUAGUCGAACUGUAUCCUCACACACAGAUGUUUGUUGUUUUUAUUUAAGAAAAAAAAAUUGUUUGCACGUUAUUAUUGUGAAUAUAAUAUGAUAUAAUUAUUUGAAAUUCUUACGAAAAUUAUUAUAUUUGAUUAAGAUGUUGAUCGGUAUUGCAAAUUUUAACAGAUAUUAAAUAUUGUUAUUAUAUCUAGAAUUAUAAUAUUAUAUAUAUACUAUAUAUAUAUGUACCUCAUUGUACUCGUAUUAAUAUAUAGUAUUAUUAUGAAUGAUAAAUAAUUAAAUUAUCUAAAACGAUUCCGAGAGUUAUUAUACUACUACUAUUAUAUAUAACAUACAUAUACGGUUGCUAUCUUAUUUAGGAAAAUUAUAAAACUUAUUAUUUUUU